GGGCGCAGUUAAUGACUCGCUCCCCCUCGCUCACCGCUGCCGCCGAUCAAAGGCGUUUGCAGCAGACCGCCCAGGAUAGUCGAGGAGUCACAGAAGCCCCGUUUCUCCUCCUGUUUGCGGAUCGCAACGGCUUCGCAUCAAAGCGUCCCCGCCACGAGAGCAGCCCGCAGCGAUCGGCGUUUAUUUUCUUCCGUUCUCCUCUGGCCACGAAGCGGGCGAGCGCGGAAGAGAGCGCGCAGUAACGGGGAGACACGGCGUGUUUUCGUAAGGUUGCGUUUCCGAAGAACGAUCCAUCCGUCUGUCGAACACGUUUUACGAGCGCAGACGUCCUUCCCCGCGCAUCGGACGUAGACUUUCGGAGCACGGGCGAGUUUUGAGCGUGCACGGCGCCCGAACGGAGGAAACCAACAGUUUUUUUUUUGCAAACACUUGGACCGAAUUUCGGCGUCUCGUCGCUUCGCUGACACUCUUGAUUUGAUCCCUGGAUGUAUUUCUGCGGCUCUUGUGUCCUGGAGUGGCGCGCGCCGUGCCAAACGCGCGUCGAUGUUGUGAAAUAACCCAUGAUGUUGCAGUUUGGGGGGUUUCCGGCUGAGACGUGUCUCGUUUCAUUCACUAAACUUCAGCUUUGCUGCGCUCGGCCAUGAGUCUCCAUCAGCGGCGGCAUCGUUAGAAAGCGACGGCGUUGAUGCUUGCUUUUCGAGACGUUUUAAUAUGCACGGAUGUGAUGCUUUCCGCACAUCUGCGUCCGUAAAGCUUCGGUUUAGUCUCGUGGUCGCGCGCCUGUGUGUUUGCGGGGACGCAGCGUGAUUGGCGUGCGAUGCAUGCGUGAAUUAUUGGCCGCUUUGAGUUCAUAAAGCGCCGUCAUCAUCAUCAUCAUCAUCAUCAUCAUCACCUCCAGAGUGUUUGCUCGUUAAUACGCGCUACUGACACGUGUUGGCUGUGCUUUCUAACAACGAUUUCACGAAUGCUGCUUUACCUUAUUAAAAGUGCAUUGAUGUUCGUAAACGCUCGAGCGUUUUGCUUACUGGCACUUUGCUCGCUUGUGCAUUAAUGUAAUGUAUUUUGCACGUGCAUAUUAUUAUAUGCUGCCGUAACUCGAUAGAGUGCAUUUAAGCUCGUCAAGUUUCGAUUUCGCGUCCUAGAUUGUUUUGGCUGCGCGGAACGCGUCGUUUCUCCGGCGUUUUAAGAGCUUAGAGUCUCACUGCGGUCUCCCAGAUGAUGCGUCGCAUGACUGCCCUGAAACUAAAGGAAGCUGGUUUUGAAGCAGUGAGCGCGCAAUGACGCCGUUGUUGUGCGCAAAUGUGUUGACGCCACCUGUGGUCUCUUAAACCGAUCGAUUCAGGAAGAUUUAGGCACUUUGACCGGGAGAGCGUUCCGUUUGCACGGCAUCCGCGUCGCUUGCGCUUUCCAACCGAGUUUAGGUCGUGCGUCACGCGUUAGUGGAGAGUUUAAAUGGUGCUCCGAAAGUUACCCGGUGUCUCCGCAUCGGGCAUGGGGCUUCGUCUGUCUCAGAAAUUCGUGUUUCUGCUGUUCCUGUCGGGGUUGGUUACUCUGUGCUUCGGGGCACUCUUCUUUCUACCCGACACCGUGCGCCUCAAGCGCAUCUUCCUCUCCAAGAACGAGAACCCCGCGGUGACCGUGGGCUCCGACAAUGAGCUUUCCAAAAAGGCGCCAGGGGACCCGGAACAUCAGCGGGCGGGUUUAAAAGGGGGCGAGGGGGCGAACGCCAAGCUCAAGGUGAGCCGCAGGCCCUCGGUCACCCACGGAGCGAGGACCGUGGAGAGGUCUGUUGGGAGUAGAGCGCAGGACGAGUGGAGUCCGGCGAGGGCGCAGGAACCGGCGGCCAGAGACGAGCGGGUCACCUCGGCCGCUCGCGACGGGGAACGCGGCAGCGCCCGCGACUACGAGGCGUUUAAAAAGUGCUCGCUCAAACCGGCUUUGGGGAAGAACCGGGGAACUCCGUCGGAUUCAGAGACGCUUCAGCGGAGGGAGAAAGUCAAAGAGAUGAUGAAGUUCGCCUGGGACAACUACAAACGUUACGCCUGGGGAAAGAAUGAACUUCGACCUCUGACCAGGAACGGACACAUCGGGAAUAUGUUCGGUGGACUCAGAGGCGCUUCAAUCGUGGAUUCCCUGGACACGCUGUACAUCAUGGGUCUGACGGAGGAGUAUGAGGAAGCCAAGGAAUGGGUCCAAAACAACCUGGACCUGAACUCGAACGGAGAGGCGUCUCUGUUCGAGGUGAACAUCCGUUACGUUGGCGGUCUUCUCUCUGCGUACUACCUGACGGGAGCUGAGAUAUUUAAGCAGAAGGUGGUGGAGCUGGGCGACAAGUUGUUACCCGCCUUCAACACGCCCACCGGCAUCCCCAGAGGAGUCAUUAACCUGGGCAGCAGUGGCACGAGCUGGAGCUGGGGCUGGGCUUCGGCCGGCAGCAGUAUUCUGGCUGAGUUCGGGACGCUGCACCUGGAGUUCCUUCAUCUCUCAGAACUCUCCGGAAACCCCUCGUUCACUGAGAAGGUGAUGAACAUCCGAAAGCUGCUGAACAAAAUCGAGAAGCCUCACGGUCUGUAUCCCAACUUCCUGAGUCCCGUCAGCGGCAACUGGGUCCAGCAUCACGUCUCCAUCGGGGGUCUCGGGGACAGUUUCUACGAGUACCUGAUCAAAUCCUUCCUGAUGUCAGACAAGACGGAUCAGGAGGCCAAGAAGAUGUACUACAGCGCCAUGGAGGCCAUCGAGACUAACCUGGUGCAGAAGUCCCCGGGCGGCCUGACGUACGUGGCCGAGUGGCGAGGAGGGAUCCUGGACCAUAAGAUGGGUCACCUGGCCUGUUUCUCCGGCGGGAUGAUCGGCAUCGGGGCCGACGACGGCCCGGCGGAGCAGAAGCAGCAUUACCUGGACCUGGCCGCUGAAAUCACUCACACCUGUCACGAGUCCUACAGCCGCUCGGCCACCAAACUGGGUCCGGAGGCGUUCCGCUUCGAUGCAGGAGCCGAGGCCACGGCCACCCGACUGAGUGACCGCUACUACAUCCUGAGGCCAGAGGUCAUCGAGAGCUACAUGUACAUGUGGCGUUUGACCCACGACCCCAAAUACAGGGAGUGGGGCUGGGAGGCUGUGGAGGCUCUGGAGAAGCACUGCCGUGUGGACGCGGGUUUCUCAGGAAUCAGAGACGUGUACUCCUCCACGGUCAGUCACGACAACAUGCAGCAGAGCUUCUUCUUGUCCGAGACGCUCAAAUACCUGUACCUGCUGUUCUCGGACGAUGAUCUCCUGCCGCUGGAGGACUGGGUGUUCAACACAGAAGCUCAUCCGCUGCCCGUUAUACGCAAGAGAUGCCUGCAGGAGCACAGCGUCACACCAGACCACGGACAGACCGACCCGGAGUAGUCUUUAGCUCACACACACACACACACACACACACACACACACACACACACACACAGGGAUUCAACCUCACGGGUCCCGAUACGGAUUCUCAGCUCCUUUCCUGUAAAGGAUCUCUUCAUAUAUAUAAAUAUACGCUGUGAUUGUAUAUCUCUGAGCCGAGGUUUCCCGCUCUCCGGCGCAGUUUUCCGUGGACAAUCAGUGAAACGUGACUUUCAUGAGAAGAGCACCUUUUUUUCUUUGCUUCUUUCCUCUGUGAGGAAAAAAAAAACCCCAGAAUAACUUGCAGCCCCGAGUCCGUGGGAGGAGAGCCGUACGACGGCGGGCCACGCUGAGCGAAAGAGAAAACCACUUUUCUUCACGUCUCACCUGUAAUUUAUCUUUUUCUUUCAUCCUUUCAUUGUGUAUUCCUUUCCCGUCUCUUCUGCCAAAGCGUUUGCGGUCUUUUUUAUUUCCUUUUCUCUCCCAGCACCCUGAUAUUUUGUUCUAUCUAGUUUCGAGUCCAAUUUCGUGCUAUGAUUUUUUUAUUUUUUUUUUGAUUAUUUCCAAGGACUGGGGUAUUUACAAACCCGACAAAAGGAUCCUUUGUGAAAUGCGUUGUACAGAAUCCUUCGGUUUGAGAGAUGUCGUUGGCAGGGCAGGAUUGUUUUACGUGAUUUUAAACUUAAACUGGUAUUUUUUUAUGCUUCGACUGCAUUGUGAGCCUCGGUGUUGUGCACGACAUGCCAUGUUUCAAAGACCAGCAUCACCAGAGCGGAAAAACUCACUUGCACUGACGGCGGACGGCCACUAGGGCUGGGCGAUUAAAUACCGAAAAUUCAUUAUAUUUUCGCAGCGAAUUGCACGCAAUUAUUUUAAUGUUCAUUUUUAAGUCAGACUGGUCUCGUGGCGGUUCUUCGGUUUCAAAAACACGAUUCACGUUUGAUUCAUUUCCAUGAAUGCCUUUUCGAACUGUGUUUUUGACGAAUCGCUUCAGAAAAGCUCGGUUCAGAAACGCUAGCAAUUGUGAAUCACCGUUAUUUUAAUGCUCGUUAAUCGGACUAUUCAGUAUCGGAAAUAGCAAUUAAAUUUGAUCCAUUUCUGCAACUCGCUUAAAAAUGAUUCAGUGAAUUAAUUCAAAAACAAAAAGAUUACGAAUUAAACUAUUAUUAUAAAGUGCUUUUUUUAUUCAUUCGUUAGGUUUCAUAAAGAUUGACUUAAAAUAGUGGCAUGAUUCUUCUUCAGUGUCAAAAACAGCCGUUUGAUUCCUUUCCAUGAAUCGAUUCGAACUGUUCGUUUCAGUGAAUGGAUUCAAAGCUCAUUCGCAUAAUUGUUUGAAUGCGCUUUUUAAAUGUGCUCAGUUAAGUUUCGUCAUUGAGUAUCAAAUUAAUUCAGUCUCUAAAAAAGAAAAAACGCUUGUAUUAAUUGAUUCAAAACACCAAAGGUGCGAUCGAAUCCAAAUCGAAUCAACCGUCAGAUUGUGAAUCAUAUAGUUAUUUGAAUUCUUUUUGUAAUGCGUUCGUUAUAUGUCCCCAAAGACAUAAUUUCAUCAUUUUUCCACAGCGUUUAAGUUUAAGUCACCUACACGAAUCAAAACAGAUUUUGCGAAUCAUGCAAUUAUUUGAAUCAAGUUUUGCAUCAUCAGACUAGUUUCUAGUUUCAAACGCGCCACUUAAGUUUGAUUCAUUUCCAUGAAUCAGUUCAGAUGAGUCAAAACCCUGAAACGAAGUUAAAAAAGUGUUUUAUUUCGUUUUAGUAGACCUAUCUGUAGGUUAAUAUUGCAGUUCACGAUACAGUCAAUUCUCCGUGUCGCCCAGCCCUGUCGCCGCAGUCGUCUCAAAGCAUCGAUGGUGAAUGUGAAUGUUUUUUUCUGGGGUUUUUGUCCCCGAAGCGACAGCGUCAGACAGUAACGGUGGAAUGAAUGUGAGUGAUUCAUGUCAUUAAUUGUUCCUGUUUUCUCUCUCUUUCUCUUUUCUAAUUUUUAUGGAUGUUUAUGAAAGACUCGCUCUUUUGGUUUUCCUCAGGUGUUUCUGUACAAGUUUUGAUUACAGUUAUUUGCACUAUUCAUUACGGUAGUGCCGAUCAUUGUUAAUUUGAACGUCUUCUGUCUCUCAUUGUUGAAUAUUUUCAAAUACUGGUAAAAGAUCUGUGCGAUUUAUACAUUUAAAAACGAGUGCACAAAUG